AUGAGGUUGGUGAACUCAGUUUGUGUCAUUACAGGCGGAGCUUCCGGCCUUGGUGCUGCAACAGCACGACUCCUCUCUCAAAGUGGUGCAAAAGUUGCUAUCUGGGACAUGAACGAGCAAGAAGGCAAAUCUUUAGAAUCAGAGUUAUCACCUAACUCAAUUUUUUGCAAAGUAAAUAUCGGAGAUACCCAAAGCAUCGAAGACGCGAUAAAAGAAACACUUUCCAAAUUCAGCCAAAUAAAUGUUCUUGUUAACUGUGCUGGGGUUCCUUUAGCCGCUUGAACUCUAUAUAGAGGAGAAGCCCAUCCUUUAGAUUCUUUUGAGGAAGUAUUCAGGAUAAACGUCAUUGGCACUUUUAAUGUGACUCGAUUGGUUGCAAAACAAAUGAUUUCACAGCCUAUGUUUGGAAAGGACAGAGGAGUCAUAGUUAACGUUGCAAGUGUUGCUGGAUUUGAAGGUCAACAAGGCACUGUAGCUUAUGCUAGCAGCAAAGGCGCAGUUAUUGGAAUGACCCUUCCUCUUGCAAGGGACCUUGCUUAUUAUAAAAUAAGGGUGGCUGCUCUUGCACCAGGACCUUUUGAAACCAAGAUGGGAAGCUUGAUAGCUCCACAAGUAUCAGAAAAAUUAUUAAAAGCAAUUCCUUUAAGGCGCUUUGGAGAAGCCUCAGAAUUUGCACUUGCAGCGAAAUUCAUUAUUGAAAACCAAUACAUCACAGGGCAAACUUUAAGAAUUGAUGGAGGAGUUGUUUUACCUAACUUAUAA